ACGAGUACGUCCGCCAACGUGAAGGGAAUUUUUAGCUCGUCAUUAAGAGCGAAAGAAAGUUACUUGGAAUUCUUUGGUUUGUUGUAAUGACAAUCACGAGAGAAGAAGCGGAGAGCAAGGAGAUGGAGAGCCUACGGGUGCACGCCAGCGCGCUGCUCUCGCUGUCGUCGCCUGCAGCGUCGGCGUCGCAGCCGACGUCGUCGUCGUCGACGACGGAGGGGGUGUUCGAGUGCAAGACGUGCAGCAAGCGGUUCCCGUCGUUCCAGGCGCUGGGCGGGCACCGGACGAGCCACACGCGGCUGCAGGCGAAGCUGCUGAGCGACCCCGCCGCGGCGGCGGCGGCGGCGGCCGAGAGGGACAGGGCACGCGUCCACGAGUGCGCCGUGUGCGGGGUCGAGUUCUCCAUGGGGCAGGCGCUCGGCGGCCACAUGCGCCGGCACAGGGGCGAGACGGGCACGACGACCGUCGUGCUCGCGGACGCCGACGACUCGGGCGGCGCCACCGUGCCGCAGCCGCCGGAGCCCAUGCCGGACCUGAACUACCCGCCGCUGGAGGACGCCGGCGACGGCUCGGAGCCUGAGUUACUUAACCUUCUUGUAUAAGUUGCAUCGAUAGAUAUACAUGUGAAUUGAAUUGGCGUCUGUACAUAGAUAUGGUGGAUGGAUUCUUUACCAAAUUUGAUCGAAAAAAAGAACUAAAUUUUGGAGCGUGAUGAUCAUAGCAUGUAAGUUGUAACAAAUGAUUGUUAACUGUAAGAUAGGAAUUCUAUUCAUUUGUUCUCUUCUGUACAAAAUUACAAAUAGGUUGAUUAAUUAGUUGGUCGGUUGUGGUUGAUUCUUUGUAAAAUACCAAUUUACUAGUAUAAAUAUACUGACAGCUUAUUGUUUCAA